AUGGUUUCUCAAGACCAAAGUAAGUACUCUGGCUCCAAAAAAAAUGGAGGUAAGGAGCUUGGAAUGGUAACUCCUCAAGACAAGCCCUUGAAGAAGAUGAAGUUUGUUUCAUCUGCUGAGAAAGAACCAAGCAGCACGACAACAAUUUCUGAGGAUUCAAAGUCAGGUCGAGGUAUGAGCACAAUGCCUCGUGUUGUGAAGAGAAAAUUGCAGAAAAUCAAGCCAGUUGUUGAGUACAAUAAAAGGGGGAAAGGAUGUGGCCCUGCACAUACUGAGAUGCAGUCCUACAUUGGUGUGUUGGCACGCUCCAGAGUCCCACUUGUGGACAAGAAAUGGGCUGAAAUCCCCAAUGAUAUAAAGGAGCAGAUUUGGGAAGCCGUUGACAUGGCUUUUGUGGUAGGUCAAGGGGGCAAGACCUCGGUGUUAUCUUCUGCUGCCAAGAAAUGGAAGGAUUUCAAGUCUACACUGACGAGGCAUUAUAUCCUUCCAUACAUCAAGGAGAGGGAGAAAUUAAGCCAACCCCCUGAAGUAUAUAAAUUCAUAGAGAAAGCAGAAUGGGAUGCCUUUGUAGCUUCAAGGUUAUCCAAAGAAUUUGAGUCUGUGCAUUCUCAACAUGCACAGAUUAGGGAGAAACUUGAGUACAAUCAUCGAUUGUCUCGAAAAGGAUAUGCUGGUUUGGAGGAUCAAUUGGAGGAAACCAUGCCUGGGGUAGAAAUUGAUCGAUCUACCUUAUGGAAGAAAGCUAGACAGGACAAACAUGGUAACAUCCCGGAUCCAAAGGUGGCAGAGAAAGCAAAAUUAAUUGAUGAAUUGCAAAAACAAGUGGCUGAAGGCAGUCUGAGUAUAACUGGCAGUAAUGAUGUGUUGACCUUGGCUUUGGGUCCCGAGCAUCCAGGGAGAGUAAGAGGGGUAGGUGCUGGGAUUUCCCCUAGGCAAUUCUUCAAUUUACCUAGACCACAAAGGGUAAAGUUUGCUGAUCAAUUGAAGGAAAGUGUAAGAAUUGUCCUUCAAGAAGAGACUAAGAAGAUGGAAGCUAGAACCAAACAAUUAGUAGAGGCUGAAGAAGCUGUAGAGUUUUGUACCGAGCAUUUAUCUGAUGUUAGUACAGUUGGAGUGCCUUCAAGCCAAAAGAUGGGAGUUUCAAAGCCAUUAUCAGGUUGCACAGUGAGCGUAGUUGAUCGGGACCUGUUGAACCAAGCACAUCUAUAUGUCUUGGAGAAUACGGAGGAAGUCCUACCUUAUAUCGAGCAACAUAUGAUCCACAUCCAGACCGCUUAUCCAAAAUUUAGAAAGAGAACAAAGUGGCUGCAGGAUAAGCACAAUAGCACUUUCAUUCAAUGGCUACGCUUCAAGGUUCAAAGUGAACUUAAUGAGGACAAUCAUGGCGUAUCAGAAAAUUUAAGGUGGCUAGCAGCUGGUCCAAACAUGGCAGUGCCAUUAUAUAGGAGCUAUCUCAUUAAAGGUAUUAAAUUCAACAUCAAGGCACAAGAUGAUGUGCGGACAACUCAAAAUAGUGGAGUUUAUUUACUUGCACAUACUAUGCAAGUUGCUAGUGCCAAGGAUAAAAACCCAAUUCUCUCAAAUAUGGGUUUCUAUGGUGUCAUUCAAGAAAUUUGGGACCUUGACUACCAAAAGUUUACAAUCCCAGUCUUUAGGUGUGAUUGGAUUGAUAAUACUUCUGGUCUUGUAGUGGACGAACUUGGAUUUACCCUUGUAGAUUUGAGUAAAAUUGGACAUAGGAAUGACCAAUUUGUUUUGGCUUCUCAAGUCAAACAAGUAUUUUUUGUUGACGACCCGAUGCAUCGUGGUUGGUCGGUAGUGUUAUCAAUGCCUAAUAGAGAAUAUAAUGAUGUUAUUGGUGAUGAUGUCUUAGGUGAUGUGAGAAUUGAGUGUGAGCCAUUUACUAGGGGGAUGCCAAAUGUUGACACAUUUGAUGAAGUGGUGGUUGAGUUAGGGAGUCAAAAUAUUCGAGAUGGGUGUGAAGAUAUAUGGGUUGAAUGA